UCCACCAUUAAUAAUUCAUCAGAUCAGAUCGCUCUCAACUCUCAUCCUCGAUCUCUGCUAUAUACUCCAUUCAUCUCUGCUCGCUUAAUAACUCUCAUCCCAUCUGAGUUUCAAUUCAGAAACAGCUGAGAUUAGUUCAAGCAAGUUUCCAUAUUAAACUAAAAGCCGUAUAAGUACAGGUCUUCUGAUCUGAUCUACUCUUGGAUCUGUGUCUCCACCCUACAUUUCAAUUCCUACAAGAUCAGAUCAGAGAGAGAGAGAGAGAGAGAAGAAUGGACGCGGUUAUAGAGUUGCUGGUGAACAAAGUAGCAACUUUUGUUGAUGAAAACGUGAAGCUGAUUUACGGGAUCAAGGAUCAGGUGGAUGAACUGUUAGAGGUACUCAAAUCCUUCAACGCAUAUCUCAAGGAAGCAUCCAAGAACAGCAGGGUGGACGAAAACGCAGUACUGGGAGACGUUGUGGAGAAGAUUCAGGGAGUUGUAGAUGAUGCCCAAGAUGCGAUUGAUCAAUAUGUUAUUGACCGCAGGAACCAUUUAGCCCAAGGGAUUACGAGAUACAUGAAGAAAGUUCCUUAUUUAAAAAAGGUCAAUGAUUCCGCCAAGCAGAUCGAUAGAAUUAAGCAAAGGGCGCUCACCAUCCGUCAAGAACACUUCGCUACCAUGGAGAAACUCCAAAACGGUAUAUCCCACGUCACCAAUGUCGUCAUUCACCAUCAGCCUGUGGUAGAGGAGGAAGAUGUGGUAGGCUUCGAUGGCGAGGCUCAAACUAUAAAGGACCGUCUCAAUGAAGAUUCAAACGACUUGGCUUUCAUCUCAAUUGUAGGGAUGGCAGGUUUGGGCAAAACCACAUUGACUAAAAAGGUGUUUAGUGACAGUGAAAUUCAAUACAAAUUUUUUACUCGUCUUUGGGUUUAUGUAUCCCAAAACAUAGACCGGAAGCAAAUAUUCUUGAACAUUCUAAGUAAUUUCACGAAGGAAAUUGACUGUUUUAAGUGCAUAGCGGAUGACCAACUUGCAGACAGAAUCAAGACAUAUUUGGAGGGUGGGAAGUACUUGAUUGUGAUGGAUGAUGUAUGGGAAAUGAGUCACUUCAAACUUUUGAAAAUUGCUUUUCCUAACAACCGGAAAGGCAGUAGAGUGCUGGUAACAACACGUGAACAAGAAGUGGCUAAACAUGCUGAUUCAAUAGGCAAACCACACAAAUUAAAAUUUUUAUCAGAUGAUGAAAGCUGGGAGUUACUACAAAAGAAAGUUUUUCGCAAAGAACUGUGCCCCCCAAACCUUGAAACCUAUGGGAGAAGUAUAGCAAAGAAAUGCAAUGGGCUACCACUGGCAGUGGUGGUCAUUGCUGGUGUCCUUAAUGUGGAUAGUACACCUAGAGAUUGGAUAAAGGUGGAUAAUGAUCCGUUCCCAGUAAUCAAUCAGAAGAACCAAGACUACAACGAGCUGGUAAAACUGAGUUACAAUAAGUUGGAUUUCCACAAAAAAAAAUGCUUCUUAUACCUUGCAGUGUUUCCAAUCGGGCAUGAGAUUUGUGCUUGGAAAUUGAUUCGGCUGUGGAUCGCAGAAGGGUUUAUUCCUCCAGUGGAGGUAGAGGCCACAGCUGAAGCAUAUUUGAAGGAUAUUGUGAAUAGGAAUCUGUUGAUGGUGUCGAAGAAAAGAGCUGAUGGGGAGAUCAAAACAUGUCGCCUCCAUGACACCAUGCAUAUGUUCUGCAAAUUAGAAGCUAUGAACAAGAAGCUCUUCUAGGAGAUAGAUGGGGCGAAACUAGACAAAAUUAUUAAUGAUGGAUAUCGUCGCUUGUGUAUCCAUUCCUCCGUCUUGAACUUUAUAUCUUCAGAGAAUCAGGUAUCUGGCGACCAUAUUCGCUCUUUCUUGACAUCAUCCCCCAAACUAGAGAUUCCCAAAGAACACUUGGGAAAAAUCCCAAAAGCCUAUCCACUUCUCAGUGUUUUUGAUGCUGAGGCCCUCAAAUUUGAAAUAUUGCCCAAUGAGCUUUAUAUGCUAUAUCAUCUACGCUUCCUAGCUGUCACAACUGACCUCAGUGUCCUUCCAAAAUUAUUCACUGAUCUAUGGAACAUGCAAACUCUUAUAUUCAAUACUACCAAGAGUGUUGUUCAAGUUAAUGCUGAUAUAUGGAGCAUGCCAAAACUAAGGCAUAUCAUGGUCAAUGCAUCUUUGGAAUUUUCUCCUCCUCCCAAAAAGGGUAAAGACAAGUCAUCGUCAGCGUCAUCUUCUCGGGCAGACUUACAAACUCUUUCCACCAUAUCACCCAAUAGCUGCACUGAAGAUAUCUUUGCCAAGACGCCCAACCUUUUGAAACUGGGCGUUCGUGGGAAUUUAGCAGAGCUUCUAGAGAGCAGUGGAGGCAUUUGUUUGUUUGACAAUAUUCACAAGCUGCAUAAUCUGGAUAGUCUGAAGCUUUUGCAUGAAUCCGCCAACAAUCAGGGCAGCAUGCUGUGGACCUUUCCUCGACCUGAAAAAUUCCCGCGCAAGCUAAGGAAGCUGACUUUACACAAAACAUCCUUUGGUUGGAAAGACAUCUCCAUUUUGGCAUCCCUCGACAAGCUAGAGGUGCUCAAGUUGGAUGAAUUUGCAGUGAAUGGGGACACUUGGGCACUUAACAACGAUGCUGUUUUCAACAAUCUCCAGUUCCUGCGGAUUGGGAGAACCGAUUUAGCCACCUGGACUUGUGGGAAGGAUAGCUUUCCAGUAUUGAAAUCCCUUUACCUCUUGCAUUGUGAAUUCCUUAAUGCACUCCCACUUUCCUUGAAGGAUGUGAAAACCCUCAAGCUUCUGGAUUUGUUUCAUACCAACAAGAAGGCUGCUCCUUCUGCAAAGGAAAUACGAGACCAUAAACCUAAAGGGUUUGAGCUUACUAUUUAUCCUCCUAUUCACUGAUUUAUUUCAACUCCGGCCAUCUUUUGCUUUGCAAUAAAAGGUCCAGGCUGGCCAAAUUAAAAGGAGGGAGAAUCAAAUAACAGUUUCAAAUCGAUAUAUAUAUAUAUAUAUAUAUAUAUGGCUCUGAUCUUCCAAUGCAACUUCUCUUAUCACUAUGUUUGCGACACUUUCUUUGUUCUUGUUUUCUUUUAAUUUGUUUUUGCAAUAAAGGCUGGCAUGUACGGCACUUCUGUACGGUUUCAUAUGUUGAGCUCAAGCUUAGCUUGAGUGCUGUGUUUAAUUCUGAGUUUCUGUGUGAACUUGUUCAUGUUUAAACAUUUGUAUAAAUGACUAUCUAUCUAAACUUUUCUAGAUU